AUGGCUGCAGAAGGCCAGGAGAUCCCGGAGGAAAUCAAGGAGGAGCAGAUUCCGGCCCAGGAGGAAGGCGGGGAUGAUGAGGAGGAGAUCGCAGCCAUGAAGCGUCGAGUCGCCGAGAUGGAGUCCGAGGCUGCCAAGUUGCGCGAGAUGCAAGCUACGCUCGACCAACAGUCAGAAAACCUCCAAGAAAACAAGGAAGAUAUUGAUGCACGAAGCAUUUUUGUCGGAAACGUGGACUACGGUGCUUCGCCGGAGGAAAUCCAGGCACAUUUCCAGAGCUGUGGCUCAAUCAACCGGGUGACGAUCUUGCUGGACAAGUUCUCUGGCCAGCCGAAAGGCUACGCCUAUGUUGAGUUUGCAGAGCCCAGUCUCGUUGCCCAGGCUUUGGUUCUGAAUGAGAGCGUGUUCCGCGGUCGCAAUCUGAAGGUUGUCCCCAAGCGCACUAACCUGCCUGGCAUGCACCGUGGCCGUGGCCGGGGUGGAUUCCGCGGUGGUCGUGGUCGUGGAUUCCCCCGUGGUGGUGGCUACCGGGGUGGCUACCGGGGUCGGGGACGUGGAUUCUCACCCUACUAA